CAAGACAUUAACAUCAAUUUCAGUUUAUAUUCCGUUUCAGUAACAAGUUCGAGGUUGAACUUGCAAAAUGGCUGGUGAUGAUACGAGCGUCGUGUCUGUGACAAAGACAGAAGGUCGGCAGAAACUUGAGCGAUGGUUGAAUAAAAGCAUGAAAAUUAAGAUGACAGAUGGAAGAACACUAAUAGGUGUGUUUCUAUGCACUGAUCGUGACAGAAAUGUCAUCCUUGGAUCAUGUGAAGAGUAUCUUCGUUCCCCAGAUGAUGAUGACAGCCGAGAGGAGCCAAGGAUUCUGGGAUUAGCAAUGGUGCCAGGACACCACAUUGUCAGCAUCCAUAUUGACGAGGAACAUUGUGUUAUGUGAACUCAGUCCAAUACACAUAUUCUCCAUCAGUUAAAGGGGAAACCACAUUGUCAGCAUUCACAUAGACGGGGAACAUUGCGUUAUGUGAACUCAGUCCAAUACACAUAUUCUCCAUCAGUCAUGAGACACAACAUUGUCAGCAUCCAUAUAGACGGGGAACAUUGUGUUAUGUGAACUCAGUCCAAGACACAUUCUCCAUCAGUCAUAUGAGAACCUUCUACCAAGGAAUUUGGGUGGAAGGAUCAGUUUGUAACAGAGAUUUACUAGUCUCAUAGGAUCAACUGUUUAAUGUACGAGGUGGGCCUCGGAAUAAGGAUCCGGUUUUCCUUCUAGAGUUUGACGCAAGUUAUUUCUUUACAACAUGCAGUCAACAAAGUCACCGACAGACUGCCCGAUCCAUUACCUCUUCUGACAAGCAGAGGUUGCUGCAGACCUAGCUCAUCAAAGUCCGUAAGGAAGAAAUAGAAAUUAACACCUGCCCUCAAACCCAAGGCUAGAAGGAAUAACCUCUGGCUAACAUCAUCAUUAUGCUUCUGCUUCUUUCCCCCAUCAACUUGUUCUGCUGGACACUACGCAGUUUUUCUCACAAUGAAUAAUGUACAUACAUGUAUUUUCCAAGUUUCCAACGAUAAACAUUCACUACAAACUUCUGAGUCUUUCUCAUAAUGUUCAACUUUCAGAUUUUUCAGUUCACACAUUCUUUAAGGACCAAUAACCUUUUCAGGAAUAGCAGAAAAACAUGUUAAAGUAUCCUCAAGGAACUAUAGUAGCUGAUCAUAUCCAUGAAGAUCCGGGUUAGAACUGAUCUUCAGCAACCCAUGCUUGUCGUAAGAUGCAACUAACAUAAUCAGGUGACUAGGAUCGCUGACAUGGUUCGUGCAUGUCAUUGCUUCCCAACUGCACAGAUCAAUGCUCAUGAUGUCGAUCACUGGAUUAUCUGGUCCAAACUUGAUUAUUACAGACUGCUGCCAUAUUGCGGGAAUAUCGCUGUGUAAAGUGUUAAGCAACGAAGAAACAGGCAAACUUUUGGAGAUUAGACCACAGACUUGUGACCCUGAAGACCUGUGUUUGAUUGUUCAUGGAUUCUUGAUGUUCGCUGGUGUCCAGUGACUGCCAUAAUGCUGAAACAACAUAACACAAAUUCAAUCUGUGUUCAUCAUAUACCCUGUAAAAACAGUAUCUUGUACAUUUACAAUAUUUAAUCUCAUGGUUUGUGUCAUUUUUUAUGCCAUCAAUUAUGUGCAAAUAUAUAUAUAGUUAGAAA